AUGGAGUGGCGACCGGACCCCGUCAGUCUGAAUGAGCUCAUGCAGCUCCUGACUAACACACAAUCCAACGACAACCAGGUCCAGCAGGAGAACAACAGGAGGCUGAACGAGCUGAGAAAGGUUGACGACUACAUCAACUACCUGCUCUAUGUUCUUAUCAACAUGCAGGAGGCCACUGGGCCGGUGCGUGCAGUGGCAGGACUGCUGCUGAAGAACAAUGUGCGCCAGGACUUUGACAAAAUCCCGACCGAUGUGCUCAGCUAUGUCAAGAUCCGGUCGCUGGAGGCAGUUGGCGACAAUGACACGCUGGUGCGCCAUACGCUGGGCACAGUGAUUGCGACGAUUGUAGCGCUGGGCCACAUCUCGAGCUGGCCCGAGAUUCUGCCGCGGCUGAUGGCGCUGCUGGACUCUGACCAGUACACAGUGGUCGAGGGUGCGUGGGAUAUUCUGCGCAAGAUUUGUGAAGAGUGCACGCGCGAGCUGGAGGAGCCGUUCGAGGACGGCACGCGCCCCCUCAACAUCAUGCUGCCCAAGUUCAUGACCCAGGUGCUGCGCGAGUAUGCGAUUUCAACGACCACGCUGUUUGUCAGCCAGCGGUCCGAGUCGAUGCAGCCGCUGAUCGACACGUUUGUUGUGGAGCUGUUCAAGCGUGCCAACGACGAGAACGCAGAGGUGCUCAAGGCCGUGUGCAAGGCCGUGGUUGCUCUGCUCGAGUCGCGGCCCGACAAGCUGGCGCCCGAGCUCGAGAACGUCGUCAACUACAUGCUGCACACCACGCAGCACUCGGACCCGGACAUCGCCAUGGAGGCGUGCGAGUUCUGGCUUACGUUCUGCGAGCUGGAUGGCAUGGUCCAGAACCUGGAGCCGUAUCUGGACAGGGUUAUCCCGACGCUGAUGCGCGGCAUGCAGUACUCGGAGGAGGACCUGCUUAUGCUCGACAACGAUGACGAUGACGCGGUUGUGCCCGACUCGGAGCAGGAUAUCAAGCCGCGCCAUCACCGCGAUAACAGCGAUGCGGAGGACGGCGACUAUGAGUACGACAGCGACGAUGACGACGACGUCUACGCCGAGUGGAACCUGCGCAAGUGCUCGGCCGCCAGUCUCGACGUUAUGUCGACUGUAUUUGGCGACCGCAUCCUGCGUUUCGUGCUGCCUGUGCUGAACGAUGAGCUGCGCAGCGACGACUGGCGUGUGCAGGAGGCUGGCAUUCUGGCUCUGGGCGCUAUUGCCGAGGGGUGCAUGAGCGGCAUGGAGGAGCACCUGGCCCACCUUAUGCCGAUGCUUGUUGGGUGGUUCCGCCACGAGAAGGCGCUGGUGCGCUCGAUUGCGUGCUGGACUGCCAGCCGCUACGGGCGCUGGGCCAUCUUUGGAGACCAGCCCAACACAAUCACCAGCUACUUUGAGCCGCUGCUGAGCGGUCUGCUGGACGCCAUGGUCGACAAGAACAAGCGCGUGCAGGAGGCGGCAUGCAGUGCCUUUGCCACGGUCGAGGAGGAGGCUGGGCCGUACAUGGCGCCCUAUAUCCACCCCGUGCUCGAGAAGCUGAUGCUGGCAUUCACACAGUACCAGCGCAAGAACCUGAUCAUCCUGUACGAUGCGGCCGUCGGAUCGGAGCUGAACCAGCAGAAUUACAUUGAUAUGCUGAUGCCGCACCUGCUGACGCGGUGGGAGAGCGUGCAGACCGAGGACCAGCAUAUGUUCCCGCUGUUCGAGUGCCUGUCGGCGAUAGCCCUGGCCCUUGGCCCCGGCUUCAAGCAGUUUGCUCCGUCUGUGUAUGAGCGCUGCGUGCGGAUCGUGGCCGACACGCUGCAGCUCUCGCAGCUGGCGUCGCAGGACCAGUCGAUUGAAGCCCCCGACAAGGACCUGGUGAUUGUUGCGCUUGAUCUUAUCAGCGCCAUCAUCCAGGCGCUGGGCAGCGACGCACAGAUCCUGGUGGCCAUCAACGACGGUGUCGUACUGCAGCUGGUCGGCCUGUGCAUGAUGGACCCGGUCACCGACGUGCGGCAAUCGGCGUUUGCUCUGCUUGGCGACCUGGCCAUGCACAGCUUCCCGCUGCUCCUGCCGCAGCUGAGCUCGAUCAUGCAGCAGCUUAUCCCGCAGAUCGACCGCAACUUCUCGCACAUCAACGUGUGCAACAACGCUGCGUGGUCGGCUGGUGAGAUUGCCCUGAAGGCUGGCAGCGAGAUUAUGGCCACGUAUAAUGCCGCCAUCACCCUCGGCCGUCUGGGCGCCGUGUGCCCGCAGCAGCUGGCGCCCAGCCUUGGCGAGUUUGCUGAGCGCUGGUGCCUGGACAACGAGGAGAAGGCGUCGGCGUUCCACGGCUUCAUGUCGAUGAUUGGCGCCAACCCGGCUGGCAUCUCGGCCGCCUUCCCGCAAUUCUGCCAGGCUGCGCUCAACUGGCAGACACCCGAGCCGGCCCUGGAGGACAUGUUCCUGCAGACCUUCUCUGGGCUGCGGCAGAUGGCCGGCGAGUCGUGGGAGGCCAACAUGGGCAUGUUCGAUCCGCGGAUGCGCGAGCUGAUCAGACAGCGGUUCCACGUCUAA